GGGCGGAGGGGCGGAGGGACGGCGGGGCCGCGAGGGGGCGGGGGGGCGGAGAGGGGAGCCCCGGGAGCGCGAGCCGUGGCCGGCGCCGCUGCAGAGCCCCAGCGAAUCCCUAAGCCCCGGCAGCAGAACUCCUGCCUGGAAAUGCUGACCACAGGCCUCUGGACGGCAGAGCCCCGCUGAACACCAAGAAAACUCAUGGCUCUGGCUGCAUCUUUCAACAUGACCGAUCCACAGCCUGCCCGUCAAGGAGGGAUUUCCGAAGUGGAGGUGAUCUCCCACCAAGUGGACGAGGAGGCCCGGAGCAUCGCCCCCGUGCCGCUGGCCAACUUUGCCUGCCGGGACUUGCCCCUGGCGGCUGUGGACCUCUCCUCGGCCGGCUCGCAGCUCCUGUCAAACCUGGAUGAAGAUUACCAAAGGGAAGGGUCGUCCUGGCUGAAGCCGUGCUGCGGGAAGAGGGCGGCCGUGGCGCAGGUAUUUUUGCUCAGUGCGAGCGUCAACAGUGUCCUGGUGGCCUGUGUGGUGUUGGUGGUGCUCCUCCUGGCCCUGGAACUGCUAAUAGAUAUAAAGCUCCUCCAGUUCUCCAGCGCCUUCCAGUUUGCCAGCGUCAUCCACUGGAUCAGCCUCGCCAUUCUGUCCGUCUUCUUCUCUGAGACUGUCCUACGGAUUGUGGUGCUUGGGAUCUGGGAUUACAUCGAAAACAAAAUAGAGGUAUUUGACGGUGCAGUCAUUAUUCUGUCCUUGGCGCCCAUGGUGGCGUCCACCGUGGCCAACGGGCCCCGGAGCCCCUGGGAUGCCAUCAGCCUCAUCAUUAUGCUCCGGAUGUGGCGGGUAAAGAGAGUCAUUGAUGCAUACGUCCUGCCCGUGAAGGUGGAGAUGGAGAUGGUCAUCCAGCAGUACGAGAAGGCCAAGGUCAUCCAGGACGAGCAGCUGGAGAGGCUGACGCAGAUCUGUCAGGAGCAAGGGUUUGAGAUCCGGCAGCUGCGGGCGCACCUGGCGCAGCAGGACCUGGACCUGGCGGCCGAGCGGGAGGCGGCGCUGCAGGCCCCGCACGUGCUCAGCCAGCCGCGCAGCCGCUACAAGGUGGUGGAGGCGGGCACGUGGGCCGAGGAGACGGCGGCCGAGAGCGUCGUGGAGGAGCUGCAGCCCGUGCCAGACACCACGGUGCAAGAUGACAUGAACAGCUACAUCAGCCAGUACUACAACGGACCCAGCAGCGACAGCGGCGUCCCCGAGCAGGCCGCGUGCCUGGUCACCACGGCGGCCAUCGACAUCCACCAGCCCAACAUCUCCUCCGACCUCUUCUCCCUCGACGUGCCCCUGAAGCUGGGCGAGGACACCCGGGCCAGCUCGGACAGCGCCUCCCGCCCCGCGCACAGCCCGGCCACGGCGGCCCCGAGCGACAGCAGCCAGACGCCGGGCUCGCCCUCGGACUGCAGCACCGGCCCCCGCGAGGAGCCGUGGUCGGAGCCCUCGGGCGAGGCCCAGGCCCAGGACCUUCUCUCCUCCCUCUCGGAGGACCCCUGCCCGUCCCCCCGGGCCUCGGACCCAGCCCCACCGGGCUCGCUGCAGCCCAGCCCUGAGCUGGAGCCGCGGGUGGGGCUGCUCAACCAGAAGAACCAGGAGCCCUUCUCCGUCUUCCAGAUCAAGCCCGUCAUCCACUUCCAGCCCCCCGCGUCCAUGCUGGAGGAGAAGUUCAGAUCUUUGGAAUCCAAAGAGCAAAAGUUGCACAGGGUCCCCGAGGCCUAGAGGCCCCCCCGGGCCCCGCCCCGCCCCGCCUGAGCUGGGUGGGAAGCAGUGGGGGACCAGCCUGGAGCUGUCGCCCGGACCCCCCACCCCGAGCCCACACACUGGGGGCCCCUCUCAGGGUGCUCUCCAGGGAGGUGGUGCCAGGCCAGACCCUCCUCGGACCUCAGCGCCCAGAGCUGGCGCCCACCAGGGAUGGGGUGCUCGCCGCGGGGGGCUUCUGUGCGGGUGGUUCUUUUGUUUGUUUUUAACCGUUUUGACAGAAACCAGCCCGUGGCCGGCCUCGGCAGGGCCCAGCACGGGGGACCGGCUCCGCCUCUUCUGUUGCCUUCAUCCCCGCCGCCACCGGGCCCUGAGGAGCAGCACUGUGAGCAGGGGCGGCCCAGCCCCACCCACCCAGCCACCCAGCCACCCAGCCACGCCGUCUCCUCCAGGACCCCGGGGGGCGGAGGGGGCCCGGACACGGCCACACACAGCCGCCACCAUCGGAGCCAGCGCCCUCGGUCCCGUCCUCUCCCUUCCGCAUGAGCGUUCCGGGGUCUCUCCGAGACGAAUCUCAUCUUCUCACCGUCAUGGCACAGGAAGGGCGAG